AUGACGAUGAUUGAACUAGGUGCAAUGUUGGGAGAGAAAAGGGUGGGAAGUGGAGUGAAUUUAGAGGAAGAUGGGAAUGAUGAAGAAGCUGAGGAAGAUGGUAUUGAUGAAAAAGCUGAGGAAGGUGAUAAUAUUGAUGAAGGUAUCGAAGAGGAGCAUGAUUUUAUUGGUGAUGUUGAGUUUGCUGCUGAUGCUGAUUGUGUUGUUCCUGAGGAGGAACAAUUUGAAGUGAAGAGUGAUAGUGAAGGUGUGCUGAGGAGUAGUGAGGAAAGAAUGGCACUGAGCUCCUGUGAUGAAGCUGAUUCAAGUUAUCCACAGUUCAAUGAAAAUGCAGAUAUGGAGGAUCCCAAGUUCAGACUAGCGAUGGUUUUUUCAAGUGGGCAAGCAUUUAGGGAUGUUGUACGAAAGCAUGCUAUCGUGCAUCAGAGACCUGUGAGGCUGAAGAAGAAUCAGAUAGAAAGAGUUAGAUGGAUCUGUUGUGCAGGGUGUGAAUGGAAGGUUUAUGCAACAAAGCAGAAGAGGUCCACAUCCUUUCAAAUAAAAACUUUAGGGGACCUGCACACUUGUUCCCCUACUUGGGAUCAGAAACAAUUGACUUCCACUUGGAUUGCAAACCAUUAUGAGGAUGAUAUCAGACUCAACCCUACGUGGCCAGCAGCUGCCUUUAGGGCUAGAGUUAUCAAUAAUUUAAAGUGCAACAUAAAUGACUCUAUGAUUUACAGGGCUCUAAGGAAGGCAAAAAUGGUGAUACAAGGUAAACAUGAGGAUGAGUUCAAGAAAUUAUAUGAUUAUGGCAAUGAACUCCUGAAAGCAAUGCCAACCUCCACAGUCAAAGUCAUGACUGAAACUGCAAUGUCUGGCCCACUGAAAGAAGGUUUUAUACAUUAUUGUAGACCACUGAUAGGGUUAGAUGGCACUCAUUUAAAGGGACCUUUUGGGGGUAUACUUCUAACUGCAGUGGCCACUGAUCCAGAUGAAGGAAUAUACCCUCUUGCUUGGGCAUGGGUUGAGGCUGAGAAUAAUAAUUCGUGGGACUGGUUUAUAUCAUUACUGAAAAAUGAUUUGAGGAUUCAAAAUUCUGGUGAAUACACCUUUAUAUCUGAUAGGCACAAGGGCCUGGUGAAUGCUCUAAAGACUCAACUUCUUAAUGCAGAAAUUAGAUUUUGUGUUCUGCAUUUAUAUGCAAAUAUGAAGAAGGAAUAUAGAGGAGCCGCAGUUGGAAAAUAUCUGUGGUAUGCUGCAAGAUCCACCAGUGAGUACACUUUCAAUAAGAACAUGGAAGCAUUAAAGAAGAUAUCUCCUAGGGCUUUUGAGUGGUUGAAUGCUAAACCUAGGAGUGGAGCAGAUCAGGUUUUAGGGACAUAUGUAAGUCUGACAUGUUUGUCAACAACAUAUGUGAGCUUAAUAAAAUAUGCAUCAUCAGCAAGACCCAAUUGGAAUGGGGGUGACAAGUAUCAUGUCACCAUGACUGAGGGGGGCCAUGAAAUUAUGGUCGAUCUUAAAGCUAAGACAUGUGCUUGCAAAAAAUGGCAGCUCACUGGCAUCCCUUGCCACCAUGCCUGUGCUUGCAUCUUUUUCCAGAAGCAACAGCCACAAGAUUACUUGCAUCACUAUUAUGAAAGGCAGAAGUUCAUAGACUUAUACAGCAACUUACUAGAACCUAUUAAUGGUGAGGAAUUUUGGGAAGCUACAAACCAGCAACCAAUAUUACCACCUCCAGUUAGGGUUGCACCUGGAACACCUAAAAUCAAGAGGGACAAAAAUAAUGAUGUGGUCGAAAGUAGAACAGAUAAUCCAACAGUGCUGAAAAGAGUGGGGACAACAUUGGCUUGCAAAUACUGCAAAGAAUCUGGCCACAACAGUAGGAGCUGUAAGAGCAAGAAAAUUGAUGAAGCAAGAAAGGCAGUGGAGGAAGGUGUCAAAGAAGGGGAGAGUACGACAUUGCCUAACAAGAAGGAAGGUGUCAAAAAAGGCAGUGCUCUUAUUAAAUCUGAGGAGGCUUUCAGAGGAGAGAAUUUAAUGGAUCAUGGAGAGGUAGAAAAUGAAGCAUUGCUUCCACAGAGCACUAAUGCUGCACCACACUGA